AUAGUCGAAGAACGAAUUAAAAGACAGCGAGGUGAAGAGCCAAGAAAUUGGAAUCGCUUGUUUCCGCCUGUUAAUAUGCCAUCAGUUAACAACAAUUAUGGUUGUACAAUCAUCAUAUUUUGGCCAAAAAAUCGUGAAAUGAAGUCGAAUUUCGAUAAAUAUGGCUCAAAAGUAACUAUGCAGGAGGGUAAUUUUGAUACGCACUGUGAUAUUGUUAGCCAAACUCAGUCGUUUCGGACCACAAUUGUUGGCCGUUUUGUAUUAUUUUUGGAUGAACGCGUUACCAUCACAGCCGAUGAUGUUCAGUUUGUGCUGGAUGUGUCGAACACGGAACCGGAAAGACUUUAUGGGUUUUUUCCAGCUCACUUGAAGUGGGUUCCAACACCGGCCAAGGAAAUAGCCUCGAAAUUCGCGCAUUGUUAUGGAUUAUUGAUGAAUAUGAUGGUAACUGAGCUGACUGGGCAAUCGCCAAUUCUGAUUGGCAACAGAGUGGCUGAUAAAUGGAUGUUUACCAAAAAUUACACUCUCUGUUUCAAUAAGCUUGUCGCCGAAGUAUGGCCAUCUGGUGCAUCAUUAAUUAGCAGUCAAACAAAAGUGGAUCCACUUUUAUUCAAGGACAACGUUGCAGCUUUUCGAAAAAAAUACAUUGGCAUGGAAGUGGAACACUUUCAAGCAUCGUAG